AAAAAAAAAAAAAAAAAAAAAGUCACGCAAUUUGGAAGUUCCAGCCUUGGGUCAUAUCAAUAGCCUUUCAGAGUUCGGCAUGGUAUAAAUAAGGGAUGGCUUUCAGAUGUAACCUGAAGAGAACAGACGUCUCACCACACCACAGCAUCCAGCACUCAAGAGGCAACAAGACAGCCAAGACCAACUGCAAGAAAGCAACAGCUGAGCUGAAUCUUACUGAACUUCUCCAGCACCAAUCAGAACUGACAACAUGCUCUCCAAAGUGAAGAAGGCCAUCACCCCACUGUCCGCUGUGCGCAGUCUGCACAAAUCAGCCUUGGAUGUGGUGGACCGGCCGGCCCCAGAGGAGACGGUCACCAGCAGCUUCGGGCGCUUCAUCCAGGGCGUGCGGCCCCAGCACCUGUCCCCCACCGUCCUGCAGCGCAGCAAGCGCAUGGUGCUGGACAGCAUGGGCGUGGGCCUCAUCGGCAGCACCACCGAGGUCUUCGAGCUGGCACUGCAACACUGCCAGCACAUGUAUGCUCCGGAUUACAUCAGCUCCGUGUACGGCCGCAAGGACACAAGGCUCUCCCCUACCCUGGCAGCCUUCGUUAACGGUGUGGCGUCCCACUCCAUGGACUUUGAUGACACCUGGCAUCCUGCCACCCACCCCUCUGGUGCCGUUCUGCCCGCCCUGUUGGCCAUCAGUGAUAUGUUGCCUGGCAACAGCAAGCCAAGCGGUCUGGACUUCCUGUUGGCCUUCAACGUGGGCAUCGAGGUCCAAGGUCGGCUGCUGAGGUUCUCCAACGAGGCUUGCAACAUCCCAAAGAGGUUCCACCCACCCACAGUGGUGGGCACGAUGGGCAGUGCCGCGGCCUGCGCCCGCCUGCUCUCCCUGGAGCGCUCGCAGUGCAGCCACGCCCUGGCCAUCGCCGCCUCGCUCUCGGGCGCGCCCAUGGCCAACGCCGCCACGCAGGCCAAGCCCUUCCACAUCGGCAACGCCGCGCGGCUGGGCCUGGAGGCGGCGCUGCUGGCCUCUAGAGGCCUGGAGGCCAGCGCGCUGGUGCUGGACGCCGUGCCCGGCGUCUCGGGCUUCGGCGCCUUCUACGAGGACUACGCGCCGCGGGCGCUGCCCUCGCCCGACGAGCGCGACGCCCACCGCUUCCUGCUGGAGGAGCAGGACAUGGGCUUCAAGCGCUUCCCGGCGCACCUGGGCAUGCACUGGGUGGCCGACGCCGCCGCCACCGUCCACGAGGCCCUGGUGGGGCUGAGCGGCGGGCGCGUGUCGCCCGGCGCGGUGCGCGAGGUCCUGCUGCGCGUGCCCGUCUCCAAGUACAUCAACCGGCCGUUCCCGGAGUCGGAGCACGAGGCGCGCCACUCCUUCCAGUUCAACGCCUGCACGGCGCUGCUGGACGGCGAGGUGACGGUGGCGUCCUUCUCCGACGCGGCCCUGCGCCGGCCCGAGCUGCGCGCCCUGCUGGCGCUGGUGCGCGUCGAGCACCCCGCCGACAACCCGGCCAACUUCGACCGCAUGUACGGCGAGGUGCAGGUGACGCUGGCCGGCGGCGACGUGCUGCGCGGACGCUGCGACACCUUCUACGGCCACUGGCGCAACCCGCUGACCGACGAGAGCCUGCGCAAGAAGUUCCGCGGCAACGCCGGCACCGUGCUGCCCGCCGACCGGGUCGAGGGGCUCAUCGAGGCCGUGGACCAGCUGGACCGGCUGAGCGACCUCAGCCCUCUCCUCGCCCAGGUCCAGUGAGCGACGUCGCUAUACCCCCUUGUUCCGGUGCCCAUUCACCGGUCACCAGUUUUUUCCGGUCUCAGAGCCAGAGUGACCGACCCAAGAAACCAGUGCCACUGAGGUUUCUGGUGCGCCACGGUUUUUCAGAGUUGUACAUAAUGCUGUAAAUUAGUUUUCAAAAUGGCGUCCUUGUCCAUCUUUGUGUUGGUUUGUGUUUUGUUUGUUUUUUUCUUGUCAAAACAGACCAUUCAGUGAAUCAUAGAUGUCUCCAUGGAGCCAAACCCAUUUUUCUUAGUCAGUGUACAGGGUGUGGCAAUAGCUGAGAAGUUAUGCUGAACAUUACUUUCACUUUCACUUUGUCUUCUGCAUUUAAUGAACGUUGGCCAAAGAUGAAACUAUGUGAAUAUUUUAGUGAGUGCAGCCAGUGAAAAUGACUUGUGUGGCUCUACAAACUGAUUAAGCUUUUCUGUUGUUCUUUUGAUUUGGCCAUUGGCUAAUUUGAACUGUUGUUAUUGUUGUUGUCAUGCUAUGAAUUGACUGCAGGGUGAGAGUAGCUAAGCUUUUGAAAAACACUUGACAUUUUCUCUUUCCAGUCUCUUGUUUGUACUGUGUCCUUUGGUAGAACCAUGGAUCUCGCUUGAAACUGAAUUAAUGGUGCUGUACUGUGCUGGGAAGCAGAACUUGCAUGUAAAUAUAAAUCUACUUUGAACGCUCUCUGUAAGUAGGUUUAUCUGUCUUCGGUUCUCAUUGUGGAGAUGGCGUAAUCAUUGUUUUAUAAUGAUGUACUUUUAUUUUAGUCAAAAUAUUUAAAUUAAUAAAUGCUUAAAAUUAU